AUGGAUGGGAAAUCGCUGGUUCCCUCUGGCCAUCUGCGAACAAGGAUGCGAUGCCCAUGCCAUGCCUAUCUUUUUCUCUCUCCAUGCCAUGCUCCCAUCCAAUCCACAUUGAGGUCCCGCAUUGCCCAUCUCCAAGACUCCAUCCCAUCCCAUCCCAUCCUAUCCACGCACCACGUCCCAUCCCAUCCCAUCACGCAUCGUCCAUCACCCAUCCCCUAUCCCGACUGUCCAGCUUCGUGGUCCACAGUCCACAGUCCACAGUCCACAGUCCACAACUCUCGGACGGCACCGUCGACGGAAAAGAAGGAGGGGAGUAACAAGAAAAAGAGCCAAGACCCUGGAGGUUAUAUCAAGAAAGAGCCCCUGUGCCCUACCUGCUGCAUUUUCCCCCUUGAAAUCGUCCGUUCAGCCAUUACUGUGGUACUGUUACUGUAUUCGUGCGCUUUGCCCUCACUUUCGUUGGAGAUUGAUGAAAUUCCGGGUUUGAAUAAACCUGCCGCUCGCUCCACGUCUGCCCAGCUUCUUUCACAUUAA